GGUUCUUUGGAAAUAACACAGAGUUUGGAAGAUGAUCCUCUACUGGAUGCACCGCUUAUCUCAUCUCAUAUGUUGCAUUCUCAACUGAGGCCAAGAUUUCAUGCGAUCCCAGCAGUUCUCCUUGCCAAUUUUCUGUUGCUAAUACACGUUGCUUUUGUUGUUCUAGCGUUUUUAGCAGCUAUGUUUUGUUCUUACCCCAAUCCAAAUCAGGACAAGUGCCCUGGAAACUAUACUCACCCACUUAAAGUGCAGACUGUCAUAAUCAUUGCAAAAGUUAUUCUGUGGAUUCUGCAUAUUUUUUUUGAACGAUACAUCCAGCACCACCACAGUAAAGUCAGAAGCCGAGGUUACUUCUCAAUAUACCGAUCAACGAGACAUCUAAAAAGGCUUCCACUACUGAUACACUCCACAGGUAAUGCAGCUCUGCUUUUGAUCCUGUCAAUACAGCAUUCCUUUCCUGAUCACAGUAAAGUGUACCUGUAUCUUAUCCUGGGAGUCCUGGGCCUGGAGCUGAUUAGCUCCCUGACAUGCUUAGUGAUUUACACAGUGAAAAUAAGCAACUUCAAUCGUGCGAAGCCAAGACCUGACAUAAUUGAAGAAGAAAAGAUGUAUGCCUACCCUAGUCACAUUACCUCAGAAAUUGGAUUCAGGGAAAAUUCAAGUUUAGAAGAGAUAGUUGAGAAGCAAGGAGACGUAAUAGAAUAUCUUCAGCGACACAAUGCACUGCUCAGCAAGAGACUACUGGCACUAACAUCUCAGCAAAUCAAAACUUGACAGCACUUGGAAAACUGCUGCUGGAGCUCUGGAGGGAACACGAGGAGAUGCAGUAUCCAGACUGAUUUGUACAGAUGACUCUUCUUCAAUCAUCUUUCACAUUUUGAAAUAGAAGUUAAACUGGAAGGAUGAGCUCUGCAUACACUAUAGAACUGUUACAACUGGAUGCUCUGGCUCUCUUCAGAUCAUCAGUUCUGAAGAAAAGUUCUGGAGCUUCAAGGAUUUU